AUGCAGAACUUCUGUGAAGAGCGGUUUCAAGGGCAGGUUCUCAUCUGGGGGUCUACGCCCCCAAUGGGCCCUCGCCUGCUCCUUCGCCCGUCAUACAGGCUUUCGGCGUUGGACUCGCAGGAUAACCUCAGCGGGACACGCGGUGUUAUCGGUGCCUCGGAAGCGACACUUGCGGAUAUAGAGGAGCGCAAAUAG